AUGGCUAAGAACAUUGACCCAAAUGCGGAUGGUCUCAUCAUCGAGCCCAUUGAAGAAGCUAUCGCCAUGUAUGAUGAACUUUUGAAGGAGCUUUGCAAGUUCAUGGUAAGAAUAUUUUUGGGCACUGCAUCUUCUUACAAGGUUACUGAUGCUGCUUCAAAGGAGAUUCACAGACCCGAGCCUAAAGAGUCUCGUGCCGUCGAGCUUGCCACGUUUUACAUCGGUGGUAACAACGAGGUAAGCAGUAUAGACAAGCAGAUGAUAACAAUAUACUCACAUGUCAUCAAGCAGGACAUUUUCCAGGGUGCCGGCUAUCGCCACUUCGCAAGCCUUGCCAACAGGCCCGCUGCAGACUCUCUUGCAGCUUUCAACCAGAUUAUCCGCAAGAUCACUCAGCAAAGCCUCAACACUCACAACGCAAUGCUUCCUCACCUCAUCUACAAGAUCUCCAACGUGCGCGAGCCACCUGCCACCAGUCCUGACAAGUUGCUCGAUGCAACCCCAGCCAUGCUCUUCGAUGUCAUUCGGCCUCGUCUUCAGCUCGGCAACGACCUUCACAUGACCUUCAGUAGGGUCGGCAGAACCACCAUCAAUGGUCUCGAACGUUUGAAGGAGCAGAAUGAGGAGUGGUCGAAGCUUUGGAGCAAUGGGUUGGAGCAGUUGGAGCCAAGAACUGUCGAGCUGGGUUCCAGCCAGGUCAAGAACGCUAUACUGAACUUGGAAAAAACGAUGAUGGGUUGCCUUCGUACUAUUCACACCCACCACAUGAAGAAGGGCUGGUAG